AUGUUAUAUGUAACAUUGUUGUUGCCAGUAUCUCUAACUGAAGGAAGGAGAGGUGGAGGAGGAAGAGGAGGAGGAGGAAGAGGUGGAGGGAGAAGCUCAGGGAGAGGAAGAUCAACCUCAAGAUCAUCAAGGUCAAGGUCGACAAGUUCAACAAAACGAAAGGGAUAUCUUGGAUCCAACACGGCGACAAAAGCAGCCAUAGCUGCUGGGGUUAUCUAUGGUGCCAGCUCUUGGCGUCGACGCCGAACGUACUACAGCAACCCAGACAGAGUGCCAACUGCCUGCUACAACGACCGAUACGUGACAAACACAUAUGGCAAUGUGUCCUACCUUGGGCGGUUUGUGUGUCCAGGUGACGGGGAUGAAGAUGAUGCCGAGUAUUGUUGUGGAGAGGAAGGACAACAGACAUGUUGUUCUUACUUUGAUGAUGCUGGUCGAACCGCUGGUGUUAUAAUCGGCAUCUUUGUUGCGUUUAUCGUCGUUGGUGUCUGCAUCUUUUGCUGCUGUAAACAUAGGAUGAAAGGAGGCAAGACGCCUGCACAGAGUAUUCGAUCACGAUUUUCAAAACCUUCAGGACCUGGAACCUACCCUGCGGCUACCACCUACCAACCUUACUCUCCGCCUAUGCCUGCCACACAACCAAUGAUGCCGCAACCUAUGCCUGCCACACAACCAAUGGUGCCGCCGCCUAUGUAUGACACGGUAACGGGCCCCGCCCCCUACGAUGUCAAUAACCAAGGCGUGCCCUCUGUUGGGUUUGUGCCGCCUGCUGCAGGAUUCCAACCCUCUCCGACCGAUGAUCCAUCAGCCCCAGCUGGUUACCAGACCCAGGGAACGUAUCCUGCCUAUGAUAAGCCAGGUACAGACAUGAGUAAGCCCCCUUUGCCACCAGGAGAUGUGAGUGCGACCCCUUAUCCUGUUCAACCGGAAGCUCCACCCUACCCAGGAGCCUAUCCAACUGGUCAAAACACUGCUCCACCGUAUGGUGUGCAGCCCUACCCAGCAGUGAACCCUUCCCCACAGCCAUAUCCUUCAGCACCUGUAGGAUACGACUCCCCAGGUGCGUUACCUUACCCUGCUCAGCCGCCACCACAGUGAGUCCUAGAUCAGACCAGGUCUGGAACUGUUGUAUCAGAAAUUGUCUAAAGUUGGGUUUUCUUUGGGGAGGACAGUAAAGGACCAAUAAGUCAUGGUUCAUAGUCACGUAAUAGACAUUCAAUACUGAAUUAAAUUUUUUUUUUUUUUUUUAAUCUUUAAACAGAAAAUGGCUGU